AUGGAUUUGGAGUACCUAGAUGAAGGGUUUGAACCCAGGAUGGUAAAAGUGGCGCGAUUGCGUCGUAUCCUGGUAGAAAAUGAUGUGGAGUUUGCGAAUGGACUAAAGAAGGCAGAGCUGUGUCAGCUGUUUGAGAAGCACAUAAGGCCCAAAAGAGCACAGUUAUUACGCAAAAGUGAGAGCAAAGCCGGGAAAGAUGAAAUUGAGCGGGCCACACCCACAGACUCGAGUCUAUCGCUCGACGUUUCUUCGUCGGAAGAAAACUCUGCGUUUUCCAAUGUGAACGACUUUCAGAAACCUGCGAAAGCGACCAAAAAAACGUCCAGAAAACGGAAAGUCGAAGAAGCAGAAGAGGGCAGCGGAGAGAGUUCUCGUUCAGAGGCGCCAAAGCUUAAAAAACGGGGCAAGAAACGGGCUACAACUCCCGCACAACAAGUGGAGGGUUCAUCAUCGAAGCCAGUAGCGGGAUCACCGCUUGUGGAGAAAGUACGCACAAAGAGCCCCUUAAAAUCUUCGCCUCACAAGUCCUUGGUGAUCGACAAGUUUGAGUCAUCGUCGUCUUCAUCAUCGUCGUCACCUGGACGGCCUUCUUCCUCGAAAGCGGACAUCCUGGAUUUCUCUCUCAAACGUAGAACGGCAUCACCAGAUUUCUCAAAACUCAAAGUAAGUCCAGAAUUUGCUCAACAAUUGGCCCAGGCCUCCUCAUCCGCUCCUCACGAUACUCCAGUUAAAAAUCGCAAAUUUGAUACGACGAAGAGCCCCGCGGAGGCUUCGUUUCAGGAUCUGCCUUCAUUUUCUGGUGCUCAAGGUGAUGCAAAAGAGAAGAAACCAGAAAAGAAAUCUUCUGUAUCUUCGACUCCUUCAAAAACUCCUUCCAGUUCAGAAGCGUCUUCACCAGAGGCCGACACAAAAUCUUCGAAACCACAAGAAACUAUCUCAAAAGUUGAGACUAUUACCGCAGAAGAAGAAGCAUCAGAAUCUGACCAAGAUGAAAUCAAAGAGGCUUCUGUGUCCGUAGACGAUGAAACUAUCGAAUCUUCGGAAGCCGAAGACAACGACGAAUCGAUAGUCCUUGAUGAUUUAGAGCGUGACGUUAGCCAUCCUCACAUUUCGACCCCCGAAUUGGCGACUGAAGACGACGUCAAAGAAAUGGAGAAAGAAGUGGAAGGGCAAUCUACAGUCCAAGAUACGAUUAAAAGCGCCCAGACUGUAAAAAAGUCUAGAAAAUGGGCUAAAAAGCUUGCGAUAGGAAUGUGGAAGAUUAUACUAAACCUAAUGAUCAUGAUCCCAAUUCUUUUCGGUCUCUGGUAUCGUGAAGAAAGAAUACAAAUAGGUUAUUGCGGCUACGAAAUCAAUUUACCAACUUUUGAAAACCCUAACAACUUGCCAUGGUUAAGCCGAGCGGAAGAAUUUUUGGAUCAGCAAAAACCCAAGUGUCUGGCGUGCCCAGAGAACGCAAUUUGUUAUCCAUAUAUGAAGAUCAAAUGCAAACCCGACUACGUGGUUUCAAAAUCUAAAUGGAGUUUACAAGGCUUAUUUCCUGUUAGUGAUUACUGCGCCAAGGAUUCCCGGCGGGAGAAACUCAUCGCUGAAGUAAUAAACAAAUCAUUAGAGCUUCUCAGAACCAAGAAUGGAAAUGUCAAGUGUGGAGAAGGCUCGGAUGAUUUUGAAAGUGGCAUAACAGAAGAAGAUUUGUACAGAAUAUUUUACGAGUCCCGUGCACCAUCGAUUAAUAGUGAAGAGUUCGAAGAGCUUUGGUCUCAAGUAGUUGAAGACUUAAAAAGCGAACCUGAAAUAACCUGGAGGCAAUCACAAAACGUUGAAUUUGACCCUACAGAAAACAGCAACUAUGUCGUUGAAACCAAUGACGUUCCGGAACAGGAGGAAUAUCUUCACCACCACAACAAAAACGGGGUUUUUCGCUCGGCAUCCAAGAAAUACAUUGGUCUCAGAUGCAAAUUCGAAAGAGAAGUUUAUCAAACUUAUCAGAGAUUCAAAUAUGUGAUUUGGGCAGUACUGAGUCUCGUCAUCGCGGUCAAUACAAUUACGCGUAAGUUGCGCAUGUAUUUCAAGAGACAAGAAGAAAUUGAGCAACUAACGCGACAAGUCAUUGCCAAAUUACAAAAGAGCGCUAGAGACGCUCAAGAAUCAUCAUCACCGGCAUACUUGAGUACUGUUCAACUAAGAGACGUAUUGCUUUCCGACAUCGUGGAUUUGAAGCUGAAAAACAAAAUGUGGAGUUUGGUGGUGAAAAAACUUGAAAACAACAAUACUAAUGUCAAAAGCAGACUCAUGGAACUGCACGGUGAAAUCAUGAAGUGCUGGGAGUGGGUUGGCCCGCUUCAGGACUAG